UGCUCUCGAAGCGGUGACCGCAACUACUUUUUUCCCCCGAGUACUUGCCUACGCUCUUCCGAAUGAAUAGGCGAUAGCGAGGUUUGUCCAUGAUGUUGAAAACGCCCCCUCGGAGGUGACGAGAAUGCGACAAACCGUGUUACAGCUUCAUCAUAGUUUGGAAUACCUUUCUUCUCGGGUUCCAUCAGUGGGUGAUGAUGAGCUUCUACCACCCAAACUGCGAGAGCUGCUGGACUCCGCUUUCCGAAAUACGGAUGAAAUUUUAGUUGAGCUGCGACGAAAAUGCCUCAAGGUAGACUUGGGGGGGUCAUCUGAAUUGCGCAGCAGGCUGAAGUUCGCUUGGAAAGGACAUGAUCGCUUAAAGUUGCUGCUGGUUCGACUUCAUGAGGCUGAGAGCGGUUUGCUGCUUGCCACAGAGCUUUUGAACAUGCAUGUCUCCUUAUCGAUCUUCUCGAACAUAAGCGAGAUACAAGCAAAUAUGCGCAAGAUAUCUCAUUCUGGAAGUCAAGUAGCAACUACCGGAAGCUCUUUGGCACUGUAUCGACCUCCUAGGUCUCAUGGAGUUACGUUAGCCACGCCUCCCGAAGUAUAUGCGAUUGACCCGUGGCUGCGCUGGCUCGGAUUUUACGGUGUUUUCAGUUGGUUUACUGAUCGGCAAAGACAUAGAUACCUGCAGAUGUUUAUAGGGUACAAGUUACCCGUGUUCGGCAAAUGCUUGUCCUUGUACACCCAGCUUUCUUGGUCGACAAGUCACGUUUCAAUACAGCCUUGCCAUAUACGUCUCCAGAACAGGAUCCCUAUCGAUUCUCCGUUUCUCACCGCGUGUCGGAAAGGCGAUGCUCGCAUGAUCAAACAGUUGGUGGACGCCGAUGGUUGGCUGGUCAAUACUAGAUCAUCAUGUAAAGGAGUCACUCCCCUUUUGCUCGCAAUCGAUUCACAAGAUUUGGACGCCAUCCGCGUCCUUUUGAACGCAGGCGCAGACGCUAACAUAGGAGACGAUGAGCGCACUCUACCGAUUUUCAAGGCGACUGGAUACAAAGACAAGAGACUGGAGAAGAACUCUAACCGCCGCUACGUACAAUUGCCACCGCCAACAACCAAGUGGCUAGACAUACUUGAUCUGCUUAUCCAAAACCACGCUUCCGUACAUGAAGUGGUGGGAGAAAAGACAAUGACCACAAUGAAGAUCGUCGGCGCAAAUUACCAGCCGGAAACCACAAUUCGAUUCUUUCGUAUGCUAGCAGAAGAGAAGUAUACGGAUUUCGACCUGCUAGACCAUAGUGGAUUGUCAGCUGUAGUGACUGCGCUUAGCAGUCGCGACUUAUCGAUCAGAGCCAUCGACAUGCUCGUGGCUAAGGGUAUCAACAUCAAACGUAUAUACGAAGAUGGAAGAACAGCUCUACAUUACGCUGCAAUGAAUUCGUCGAAUGUGGACGUUCUCAAGCAUCUGCACGAAAUACACGGGCUAACAGAGAUAGAUCGACAAGACCACUAUGGAUGGACGCCACUGCAUUACGCCAUAGGUUCUCCAUACUACAUGGACAGAAAUUACCAGUGCGGGUUGGUGGUUUAUCUGCUUAAGAUGGGAGCGGACCCUUAUAUCAAAGGCCAGGGGGUAUUGCCGCGUAUGCACCCUCAAUUUCGCCCCCCGAGCUUGGAUGACCAUAUCUCGCCGUUUGAAUGGGCUGCUGAAAGUGGAUGCCAUGUGGCUCUUCAGUUCCGCCGGGAUAUGAUUGAUGCUGGUUUGGAUCCUCCUCAUGAUGAAGACUUGGAAGAUGUUUUUCAUGACGCGGUAGAGACUGUUGUUGCGAGCACUUGA